AUGGCUCGUACAUUUCUAGAUACUCUCCCAAGAGAGAUUCGCGAUCAAAUAUACGGCUACGUUUUAUCAUCACACUCAAGGAGUGUCUAUCUAUCCGAAAGUGUCGUCAAUGACCCCGACCACCCUCAAGAAGAAUACUCGGCAGCUGGCACACCUCCAUACAUUAUACGAACCAAAUCUCAUGGCGAAACUAUACGUCUCUCCUUUCUCCGAACCUGUCGUCAAAUCUACCAAGAAGCAAAAGUUAUUUUCUGGGAGCAGAACUCACUUAUCCUUGAUGGCAUCCUACCUCGAACAUAUAUCGACCACCCCAUAUUAGGCAGCCUACCAGGCUCGAUAGCCUCAAUGGCCACCUCCGUCGAGCUCAAGAUAGAUAUAUUAGGUCGUUCAGCUUUCCGUAGGAAGUCUGAUCUAUGCGAAGAUAGCCCCUCUCUUGUUCCAUUCGAAUAUCAACUGAAGGAUUUGGCACAAUGGCCAAACUUGAAGACAAUCAAAUUACAUAUGAGCCUUGGAGAAGAUCCAUGGGGCAACUACGAUGGAUAUGGGCAUAGUGGAUUCGCAAGAUUACUCUACUGGAGACUCAGAGGUGGAUCAAACGACCAUUGGCAUAACUUGGUACGAUCAAACAUCAAAGCAUUAGAAGAAGCUGGCGGGAAAGAUGGGUAUCUAUCUCACGUCAAGAAAGAAUUGGAUAUCAACACAGGUUGCGCACUUCCCAAUGGCAACGGCUUCCCUCAGCGAAUGCUAAAGACGAGCACCGGAUCUCCCCGAGAAGUACUACAAGAACUCAGCGAAGCAUGGUUCGGCACUCUCUCAAUAGACAAUCGACUAUCCUAUCUCGAAGGCGAAGAAAAAGAAAACAUGUUUGUGCAACAACCAGCACCACGUCUACCCAUGCUCGACCAUUUCUUCUUCUUCAAAUACGAUAUCGAUCGCUGGGUCGAUGGCCAAUCAGGCGUCAGGCUAUGGGGCAAAGCUAAACAAAUUUGGCCCGCGGGCGAAGAGGGAAAACAGGCAAGGAGAGAUGCGUGGGUUGAUUCGGGUAGAAUGGGUUGUUCGUUUGAUGUUAUGCGCGAAAUUCAUUGGCCGUGGAAACAAAUGUCGGCGCAGGACUUUGUUCCGUGA